AUGCGUCAGCUGCACGGGUUUAUGGGGGUGGGGCAGAGUGAUGACUGAAGGUCUUUGUAACCUAGGAACGAAAAAUAUAAAUAAUACUGCUGUUUGUAGAGCAGGCUAGGUUUAAGAUUUAUUUCAGCAUGUGUCUGCUUCUCGGUGCCCCCGGUGUCGGGAAAACGCUGCUCAUGAAGAGGCUUUUAAAGCUCAGCUCUAAGGAAGCAGCUGACCUUGGAGAUGCCAUACCAACACAGCCUACUGUUGGUACUAAUCUGACCGAUCUAACAAUCCAGAAGACACCUGUCACUGUGCGUGAAGUGGGCGGAUCCAUGGGACCCAUUUGGCCAAGUUAUUAUAGAGAUUGUAAAUCAGUGAUUUGUAUGAUUGAUGCUUCUAAUCCAAACCAAGUGUCUUCGUCUUGUAUCCAGCUUCUGUCUGUGCUGUCUGCUGAGCCACUGACUUCUGCUUCUGUGCUGAUUCUUUUUAAUAAGAUAGACCUGCCCUGCUGUAUGUCAUUGGUGGAAAUGAAGUCACUGUUUAGAAUGGAUGACAUCAUUACAUGUGCAAAGCAACCAAUUUCAGUCCUGCAAACAAGCUCACUAGAUGGCACCGGUUUACAAGAUGUUCUACACUGGUUGCAUUCCAAUUGUGCCCAUUAAGUGAUCACUUUCACCUCAUUUACCCUUUUAUGUAGUGCACAUAUUGCAGUCAAGCUGUAUGCAGGAUACACUUUUUAAAUGCUGCAGCAGACUUUGCUGAGCAAUACAUUUUUAGCACUGUUCCUUGAAGACAUUCCCACUUCUUUGGUGCAGAGAAACAAUGAGGAGAAAUGUGCCUUUGUAUUUCCAGUAACAUUUUCUGCAAGAAGGAAGUGCGUCUAGUAUGGUUACACCCACGUUCGGCCUGUGCUAUGUGCACAGCAUAAAAUACCACUAAGGAUAUCUUUGAUAAUUAUUGGAACAGUAUUUAAUUUGCUGCAUGAAUUGUGGACCAUUCCCCAGGUUUUCUCCAUGUCAGGAUCUUGGUGCGGGAUUAACAGAAAUAUAAGAAGAGAUACUGCUAGUUUUGCUUUACUUUUUUCAUCCAGUUUUCACUGUCCUUCAUUUACAGUUACCAGGUGGUUCAUAUUCAGAUUUCAUUGACUGAAGGUCUGACCCUCUUUCAUCUGGGAUUUAGAAUUUUAUUUGAUGUUUGCAAUUAUAUAAAUUAUAAAUAUUAUAAAUUAUAAUUAUAAUAAAAAUGAUUAAAAUCAA